UAUACUUCUAAUCUUCUAAUCUUCUCGGUUUCUUUCGUCAAAGGCAUCACGGUAAAUGGCUUACACGCCGUCGCCUGAUUUUGAGAAUGCGGCAGCUUAUCUUUCCAGCUCAUCAUCGCCGUCUGGCAUCUCCAAUUCUACUAAGCUCGAGCUUUAUGGCCUGUUUAAAUGCCUAACUAUAUCGCCAAUACCGACUGGCUCACGACCUUCUAUCUUUGAUAUAACUGGUAGAGCAAAAUGGGAUGCAUGGAAGUCGGCUGGAACAGUCUACCAGAGUCGUGGCUCUGAUGCAGAAAAGAGAUACUUGGAGAUUGCACAAGGGCUUGGCUGGGUACAAGGUGCUGCACCAGAUGCUCCUACAAAAAAUGAGGAUGCAGACAUGUCUGAUGACAUCUGGGAUAGCGAUUUAGAAGGUGGGUCCCCUGCUAAAGGGGGAGGAGGAGGUUUAGGUAAUCAUGUCAGCUCUAUUGCCCCCCCAUCCCAAAAUACGAAUGGCACAAAGACAUUGCAUGAUGUUGCUAUCUCGGGUGACGCACAAAAAGUAUCUGCUUUUUUCGAAGCAAACCCUCAAACGGACGUCAACGAGCGCGAUGAAUAUGGAUACACAGCUCUCCACCUUGCAUGUGAUAGAGGAUCGCUGGAGGUAGUAGAGGUUCUACUCAGCAAUGGUGCUGAUCCUAAUAUUAAGGAUCUCGAUGAUUUCACAGCGUCCGAACUGGCAGACGUCGCUGGCCAUAGUGAUAUCACCGCACUGUUCAAGCGAUGAUGGAUAUUUCCCGUCGUGGUCAGCAUAUAUUGUCCUUUGAUAUUCGAAACGAUGGCAAUGUUGAAUGG